AUGAGGGUGCUCUGCGUGGCAGAAAAGAACUCAAUUGCCAAAGAAGUCGCUAACAUUCUCUCUGGUGGUCGUGCUCGUCCCCGAAACAGUCUCUACAAAUACGUCAAGAACUACGACUUCCAGUAUACUUUUCAAGGUUUAGGGCCAUGUGACGUGACCAUGACAGCAGUGGCGGGCCACGUGAUGACUACAGACUUUGGCCCGGAAUACGCUUGGGGAAAAUGCCCUCCAGGGCGUCUCUUUGACGCGCCCUUCUUAACCAAACCGCCUCCAGAUAGAGACCAGCGAGCUGGAAUCCUGAAGAACAUCAUCAGAGAGGCGCGAAACGCAGAUCGCCUCAUGAUAUGGACAGAUUGCGAUCGGGAGGGUGAAUAUAUUGGAUGGGAGAUUAUGUCAGUUGCACAGGGGGCUAAUCCACGUCUUAAUUUACAGACAACAUGGAGAGCACAAUUUUCCCACUUGGAGCCCUCGCACAUUGUGGCUGCUGCAAACAACCCUAAAGCGUUGGAUAUGAAGCUUGUGGCGGCAGUGGAGUGCCGUACCGAGUUCGACCUCCGUGUAGGGACGCUGUUCACGAGGUUUCUCACCAAUAUAUAUAAGAGUAAGCGCCUUGUGGGAGAGAAAGAGGUGGUUUCGUAUGGAACAUGCCAGUUUCCAACACUAAGCUUUGUUGUGGAUCGUUACGUCCGCGUAAGGAAUUUCAGGCCCGAACCAUUCUGGAGUAUAGAUCUAGCGGUAACGAAAAACGGACAGAAGGUGAAUUUCUCGUGGUCUCGCAAUCACUUGUUCGACAGGAUGUUUGUGUACGUGAUCUACGCCCAGCUCCUUGAAGGGCCUCAGAAGCCUCGCAUAGUCGGUGUUUCCACGAAACCUACCUCUCAUUACAAGCCUCUACCGUUGACCACCGUCGACCUUCAAAAAUGCUGCUCGAGAUACUUCAAAAUGCUGGCUAAGGCAGCCCUCGACGCUGCAGAGCUGCUCUAUACUGCUGGGUAUAUUUCGUAUCCUCGUACAGAAACAGACCAAUUUCCCGCCAAGUUAGAUCUCAAGGGCUACAUUACCAAGCAAACUCUGAGCCUGGAUUGGGGGACACAUGCCACAAGGCUUCUUCAAGGAAGUUUCCGUCCUCCUAGAGGCGGUAAGCAUGAUGAUAAAGCACAUCCGCCGAUAUACCCGGUCAAGUCUGCCUCUCUCGACACUCUUCGGCCAGAUCAGAGGAAGGUGUAUGAGUUUGUCGUGAGACGCUUUCUAGCGUGCUGCUCUGACGAUGCACGAGGACUACAAACCAAAGUCGACCUUCAAUGGCGCUCAGAACGCUUUACAGCGCUGGGACUUCAGGUCACGGAGCGUAAUUUCUUGGACGUAUACCCUUAUUCUGACUGGAAGUCGCUGGCCCAACUACCCGAAUUCGCCGAAGGCGAGGAGGUGACGCCGUCAAGCUGUAAGGUCAAAGAGGGCAAGACAAGCCCGCCAAACUAUAUGACAGAAGCAGAGCUAAUUGCGUUGAUGGACGCCAAUGGAAUUGGCACAGAUGCUACUAUUGCAGAUCAUGUCGAAAAGAUAGCGCAGAGAAAUUAUGUGACAAGAAGAAAAAUUGGCAAAAGUGAAGUUUUCAUCCCCACCUCUCUUGGAAUCUCCCUAAUCGUUGCUUUUGACGCCAUCCUUAUCGAUAGAAUCUCGUUGCUGAAGCCCUUUUUGCGAAGAGCCAUGGAAGGGUUCCUCCAAAAGAUCUCCAGAGGCGAAAUCACCAAACAAGAUGUGAUCUCCCAGCUUCUUCCACUUUAUAAGGAGGCCUUCAUGGAGAGUAACCAGAAGGGACAUGUCAUUACUGAUACAUUUAUACAGACAAGCCGAGGGUUGUCCUAG